AAAAGAAAACACUAAAGCAGAGCUACAAAUGUAAUCUCUCUCUUUUUUUUUUUUUUUUUUUUCUUUGUCUAGUGGUCACAGGAGCAGGAGAUGGCCUUGGAAAAGCAUAUUGCUUUGAGCUGGCAAAACGUGGACUAAAUAUAGUUAUGAUAAGCAGAACUCUUGAAAAACUUCAGAGAGUAGCCACUGAAGUAGAGCAGACCACAGGUCAAAAGGUGAAGAUUAUACAAGCUGAUUUCACUAAAGAUUCAGUGUAUGAGAAUAUUGAAGAAAGUCUUGAAGGCCUGGAAAUUGGUGUUUUGGUUAACAAUGUUGGAAUGCUUCAUAAUCCUCUUCCGUGCCGCUUCCUUAACGGACCAGACGUAGAUGAGAGUCUUAUCAACUGCAACAUUAUUUCUGUUACAAAGAUGACACAAAUAAUUUUGAAACAAAUGGAGCUACGACAAAAAGGUCUUAUUCUGAAUCUGUCUUCUGGUCUGGGUACUUUCCCUUGUCCUUUAUACACAAUGUACUCAGCUUCUAAGGCUUUUAUAUGCACUUUUUCAAAAGCACUGCAAGCAGAAUAUAAGGAAAAGGGAAUUAUCAUACAGGUAGUGUCUCCUUACGGUGUUUCUACUCCAAUGACAAUGUACCAAAAACCUGGUCUUAUCACAAAGAGGCCAGAGGAGUUUGUUAAUGAAUCACUGGAUUAUGUCACCUUUGGAGAUGAGAUUUUUGGAUGCUUAGCCCAUGAAAUAUUGGCGUGCAUCCUGCAGCUCAUCCCUCUGUGGGUACUCCACAGCGACAGAUUUCAAGAAGUCGUCCUGAACACAUUUACCAGCUACCUGAAGAAGAACUGGAGGAAGCCCUGA